UAUCAAGUGGGCUAUCGAUGGAUGGGCUUUGGCAAACAAGGAUUCCAAUGUCAAGUUUGUUCGUAUGUGGUGCACAAGCGCUGUCACGAAUAUGUGACGUUCAUAUGCCCGGGCAAGGAUAAGGGAAUCGAUUCCGAUUCGCCACAAACAGUUCAUCAUUUCGAACCAUUCACAUUUGGUGGGCCCACAUUUUGCGACCAUUGUGGUUCGCUACUCUAUGGCAUCUACCAUCAGGGUCUCAAAUGCUCAGGCCCAUCAGAUGCCGCACAAAUGGCAGCAUAUCUCCUUCCUGUCGCCGAUGUUUUGCGAUCAUUGCGGCUCGCUGCUGCAUGGCAUCACCCAUAAGGGGCUCAAGUGUCGAGGUAAAGUGUGGCGCGCCCCGUGCUUAGCCACCAAAUACUAGCCUUAAGUAGCGCACGCGUUUAAAGUUAGUUUGUGUGUUUGUGAGUGCCGUGUAGUGUGGGUGUGUAUGUGCGUAGCAUUGAAAAAAGCGUGUAAUGUUUUUGUCCAACAAUUAUUAAUAAGCAUUGUAUUUUAAUUUUUGUUAUUUUUACUUUCAAGUUCUUUCUGCACAGUUACUACAAUUACAUUUUAGUAUCUUUCUAUAAGCUCUUCUUUCACGCUGUUACUACCGUUACUCUUUCCUGUUAAACUUUUUCAAGUUUUUGUUUUUGUACUCGCUUUACUACUUUUCACUGUUUACAAUAGCACUUAUUGUUUUUUUUUUUUUUGUUGCUUUUCUUGCAUUUUUUCGUUUCUGCUUCUCACCCCGCUAUACCUAGCGAUCUCGUGCUUUUCUUCCACUUUUUUCGCGCUUUAAUUUACAUUUUUCGUUCUAUGCUGUAUUUUCUUUGGUCGCAUUGUUCUAGCGUGAAGUUCAUUUGCAAUUGAGUGCUUUUUUGACCUAGUACUUACAAUAAUUAAUCAGUACAACCAACAAUGUCUUUAGUUUAGCCAUAGCUUUCGUAAGAUUGGUGAAUGAAAAACCAUUCGGUCAGUGUGAGAGUUGUAAAAGCGAUCUAUUUCACUUCUUUAAAGAAAAAACACAGAAACGAAUUUAAUAGGGAAUGUUUAUUAUCAUUCGAAAGAAUACUAUUUGGCAUUUAUUUUUUGAAAUUUAUUUGAAAUUUAUCUCUUUCAAAUGAUGGCCUUGGCUACGUCUUAAAUCGUACAUCCAAUGAGUCCAAUUUUUGAUGACUCGUUCGACCAUUUCGACUAGUAACUGCCCAAUGACACACGUGAUGUUUUGCUUCAAGACCUGAAUCGAAGCGAGUUAUCCACAUAGACUUUAGACUUUACAUAUCCUCACAAGAAAAAGUCUAACCGUAUGAUAUCACGUGAUCUUGAUGGCCAUUCGAUCGACCCAAAACGUGAAAUUAUCUGCUC